AUGACCAAACCUGGCACCGAGUUCAUCGAGUCGCUUCAUGCUCUGUUCCGCGAAGCCGGAUUGAAGGGCCGUGAUCCAGAGAUCGAAUUCAUUCACCUGCGUAGUGGCCUUAUAAGAUUCAUCUCAAAGCGCGCUUCCCCAACACGAGCAAGCUGCCGCCCCCUUCGAUUUACUGAUGGCAACAAGCCCAAUACGCACCUGGUGUCGCCUUCUCCUGACUUUAACGUCGAUGAAAAACGAGCUCAGCUUGAUGCUGCCAACACUGCAUCCGAUUUCAUCGACGUAUUGAAGGGCCGUAACGAGCACAGGUCUUCUCGGAAAGAAUCUAGAAAGAAGACCUCAGGAAAGAAAAGAUCGAUAAGUCCUCCCGAGAGCCCCAAGAGCAAAGUUCAGAAGCGCAUUGAAGCAGUGGCCACAUCAAAGGCUGCAAUUUCGACUAAGGAUAGUCCUAAGAAACGCAUCAAGUUUACGAAAGGAGUUGCCAAGGAUGCCAACAGCUCCCCGGUUCCCAAAGCCGCACAGCAAACAAACAAUCACACUGUCCCUACGACUACCGCAAAUGUGGAAUCCUCCAACCAAGCGGACCAAGAGAUUCUGAGCCCCAAGGAGACCAAUCCUAGUAACGGAAAGCUUGCUGAAAAGAACGGCACAGCGUCCACACAACAAGAGUCAGACGAGAGAGGAGGUGACAGCAGCGCAAUGCUCACCAAGCCCCCACACUGUGAAGAAGACACUCCUAUGGAAGACGCCUCAGUCGCCAGCACUGAUAAUCAUCUACCCCCCUUCUGUCGAUCUGACAUCCUCGACGUUGUUACUGCGGCCAAAGAUGUCAAUGCGGAUCAAUGGGAUGAAUUCAAGCCCACGCUUCUCGGCAUGUUAGACAAACUGCAGGGAGAACCGACACCUGAAAAAUCAGACGCAGCCGUGAGACGCCUUCAGUCGGCCAUUGCCAGUAUUGAGCAAGAGAGGUCUUUGAUCCCUUCCGAAUCGUGGAAAAAGUACGAAGACAAGCUCUUCAAGAAAGCAAAGGAUGGUGUUUUCGACGCUGACUGGGGCACACGAUUGGCCAAAAUCAGCAGAAUCAUCUGGAUCGAAGAAGAAGAGGCUGCCAUGAACAGUAAGGACUGGGACCGUCUUCGUGCCGCUGCACGAACCUGGGCUAUUCUUGCCGAGGUCGCUGGUCCCAUGAUGGAAGAGGGCGACCAGCAGCGCUCGAACGAAUGGCUGCUUGAGAAGCUUGGGGACAUUGAUUUCAUGGAGAGGUUGUUUGCGUGCAAAGAGCGGCUUGCAGCAAUUGAGAAGGCAGAAUGA